ACUAAACGAAAAAAACCGGGUAACAAAAUGAAAUUCUUAUUGUGUACGCUGUUGUUUGUGGCUGUGGCCACUUUGGGCGUCAAAGCCGCCGAUGAAGAAAUCAAAGUCGAAGAUGGAGUUUUGGUAUUGACACAAAGCAAUUUCAAGAAAGCCAUUGCCGACAAUGAAUUUAUUUUGGUUGAAUUCUAUGCUCCCUGGUGCGGUCACUGCAAAGCCUUGGCUCCCGAAUACGCUAAGGCUGCCCAACAAUUGGCCGAAAAGGAAUCUCCCAUUAAAUUGGGCAAGGUUGAUGCUACCGUUGAAGGUCCUUUGGCUGAAGAAUUCCAAGUUCGCGGCUAUCCCACAUUGAAAUUCUUCCGCAGCGGCUCCCCUGUCGAUUAUACUGGUGGUCGUCAAGCUGCCGAUAUUGUUAGCUGGGUUAACAAGAAGACCGGUCCCCCCGCCAAGCAAUUGACCACCGUCGAAGAAGCCGAAACUUUCUUGAAGGACAAUGAAAUCGCCGUUGUUGGUUUCUUCAAGGACACCGAAUCCGCUGAAGCUAAGGCUUUCGUCUCCGCUGCCAACGCUUUGGAUAGCUUCGCUUUCGGUAUCACCUCCAACGAAGAUGUUUUCGCCAAAUACGAAGCCAAGUGCGGUACAAUCAUUUUGUUCAAACCUUUCGAUGACAAGAAAUCUCUCUACACCGGUGAAAUCAAUGCUGAAGAUGUCAAGAAAUUCGUUCAAGUUGAAUCUUUGCCUUUGAUUGUUGAAUUCAACCAUGAAUCUGCCUCCAAGAUUUUCGGUGGUUCCAUCAAAUCCCACUUGUUGUUCUUCGUUUCCAAGGAAGCCGGCCACAUUGAAAAGCACGUCGACCCCUUGAAGGAAAUCGCCAAGAAAUACCGCAACGACAUUUUGUUCGUCACCAUCUCCUCCGAUGAAGAAGAUCAUGCCCGUAUCUUUGAAUUCUUCGGCAUGUCCAAGGAUGAUGUACCCACCAUUCGUUUGAUCCGUUUGGAAGAAGAUAUGGCUAAAUAUAAGCCUGAAUCUGCCGAUUUGUCUGCCGAAACCAUUAGCGAUUUCUUGCAAAAGUUCAUGGACGGUAAAUUGAAGCAACACUUGUUGUCUCAAGAUUUGCCCGAAGAUUGGGACAAGAACCCCGUUAAGGUUUUGGUUGCCACCAACUUCGAUGAAGUUGCCUUCGACAAGACCAAGGAUGUUUUGGUUGAAUUCUAUGCUCCAUGGUGCGGUCACUGCAAACAAUUGGCUCCCAUCUACGAUCAAUUGGGUGAGAAAUUCAAGGAUCACGAAAGCAUUGUCAUUGCCAAGAUGGAUGCCACCGCCAACGAAUUGGAACACACCAAGGUGUCGUCAUUCCCCACCAUCAAGUUGUAUCGCAAGGGUGAUAACAAGGUUGUCGAUUACAAUUUGGACAGAACUUUGGAUGAAUUCGUUAAGUUCUUGGAAGCUGGCGGUGAUGUUAAAUCUACCGAUGCUGAUGAAGAAAGUGUUGAAGAGAAGGAUGAUGAGCACAAAAAGGAUGAAUUGUAAAUUGCCACAACUCAAAG